AUGGUCGGCCGAAACGUAAGUGAGAGUAUCGAGGGUUUGGGGUUUUAUUUAAUGGGGUUCAGUGUUGGAAAGUACCUAGAAAAGGGCUGUGUGUGCCAUCGGCAUCGAACCUUGGGUUCAGCUCAGCUCUAUAGUCAAUGCGGUUCCCUUAAAGUACUGACUGAGAUGAAUGGAGGAGGUGGAGGCUGCUUGGUAAUUGAUAACAAUAAAUUGAUAAAGAGGAUUAUUACAAGUACUGAGCCAUCGAACGACCUCGUGCAGACCAGAAUGCAGUCGAUAUCUAUCGAUCCGCUCUUAAUGCCACUCUUAUCUGCAAUGGUAGCCCAGGCUGGCCGUAGUACACGAGGUUUCUAUUGA